CUCUCCUUUAAAUACAGGUGUCGAAGCAGAUGUCAGACACAAACAGUUUUGCCUUCUUCAUCAGGAAAAGAAUUUCUACCACGCUUGUUAAAAAGACAAAAUGAGUGACCCUGCAGCUGAAAAGAAGAAAGAGAAAAGUCCUCAUGAGGAGGAAGGAUCGGGAUCAGGAUCAGGAUCAGGAUCAGAGGGAGAAGGAUCAGGAGGAGAAGGAAAAGGAAAGGGGAAAGGGAAAAAGCAUGGAAAAGGAAAAGGUCAUGGACAUGGGCAGGGAAAAGGAGGUGAACAUGGACAUGGGCAUGGAAAAGGAGGCGAACAUGGACAUGGGCAGGGAAAAGGAGGCGGACAUGGGCAUGGUCCUAAAUAAAUGAUGAAGAAUUCACUGAAUCAGCAUUAUCUGAUGACUGCAAAAAGAUAAAUAUCUCUCUAAUAAACUAAUACAGAAAGAA